AUGCCGCGAGACGUGGGAUACGGCUACGAGCAGAAGCCCGACAUUCCACAAUCUGGCUCGGGUUAUCCAUAUCAUGUAGGCGCUUCCAUCGGACCCUCUGCGCCCUACUACUACUCUAACGAGUACAACUACUCGUCCUACAACCUCGACGAAGGCCCAGACGGUGCUGGCGAUCGCCCGCCACCUCUCAAGCGAGGCGACGCGUGCCUGUACUGUCGCAAGCGACGCAUCCGCUGUAGCGCGACAAAGCCUUCAUGUCACCACUGCACAAAGCUCAACCGCGAUUGUGUUUAUGAUGUUGGCAAGCCUGUCAGUCGCGUCCGCAAGCUCGAGAACCGCAUCCAGGAGCUCGAACAACACCUUGCCCAGGCGCAUGCUGCCGUUGCAGACGCAAACGGGCGCGCAGCCCACGCUCAUGCUCAGGCGCAGGUGCACCCCUCGGUUCGUCCACCGAUGCCGAUGGGCGUCGUCGACGUGAACAAUGGCAUGCAUAUGUCAUACAAUGCGACUCAAUCCCAAGGCCCGCCUGGUCCUCCUCCACCUCAUGGUCCGCCUGGCCCGCCUGGCCCGCCAGGUGGCUCAGCUGUCCGACCCGAAGGCCCUUCCCCACCUGCUCAGUCAACGAUGGCGUACUCGUUCCCACCAGGUACGAUCGACAAGUCCACCGUGGACAUUACCGUCCUCGACAACUUCCAGCCGGCGCCCGGGAUGCGCACAAUGGCGUCCCGCGUCGGGCAGACCGUUCCCACCUACGCACCGCUGCAGCCUGUCCACCUUCCCCCAAUCCCAGGUCCGCAGCCAGACCAUCCCAACCACCCCAUGCCUACACGGCCGCCCCAGCAACCCCAACCAUCCCAGUCGCAAAUGCCGGGGCAACGACGUCCCACAGACUUUGACUGGGACACGCUCGACCCCGAGUUCAUGAGCAUGCAGCCACAGUUCGGAUACUCUCAGUCGACGGCGGGAGGAGGACCUUCGGGUUCUCAAGCCAAGGCCGAGCGGCUGUCACCGCCACAACCGGGCCCGGCUACCUCACCAUACCAGCAGUACAACCAGGCCACAGUGGCUCAUGCGGGAGUGCUCACGGCCAACCACAACCACGCGUACAUGUCGGCGGCAGCACAGGACAUUACAGGCCGCGUGUCGGGUGCCUUCAUCGAGGAAACCGAGGACGACGAGUCACCAGGAGCGUCGACGCUGCCCCGCGAAUGGACGGAUUUCGAUCUGGUCGGUGGAUGGUACGAUCCGAACGACCUACCCAAGCAGGCGCGUGACGAGCUUCUCAACCAGUUCUUCUCCAGCAACAAGACGCGCCUCAGCAGGGGCUACAAUAUCCCGCGCUUCAAAGCAGCGCUCGACAUGGCGCCGACCAAACGCCCACACCCAUGUCUUGUGUACGCAAUGUAUGCGCUCGUAGCACUCUUCUCACCGGCUCCCAAGCUCAAGCGCCUCGAGGACCAUUUCUACCAGAUUGCCAGUGCGCAGCUUACAAACGCCGUCAAGGCUGUCGACCGCCCGUUCGAUGCCACGCGCGCUGCGACAAUUCUUACCGUGUACAACUACAGCCAGGCGUAUUACCAGGCUGCGGCGAUGAUGAUAGGACAAGCGGCGCGACUGGCGUUCUCGUGCGGACUGCACCAGAUUCCGAGCUCGGUGUUCCAGCCAAGUCGCAUUCCUACGGACCCAAAUCGCGGGCGGCUACUGGGUGUGAUGCGCUCGCGCGCAUGGCUCCUCUUCCCACCCAAGGACUCGAUCGAGCUGGGCGAGCGGAUCUGGGCAUUCUGGAACAUCUACAUUGUCGACAGGACUGGCGCAAUUGGGUCCCAACAGCCAGCGUCUAUCCCGGACUACGAGGUCCGCACGCCAUUCCCGAAGCCGCUUUACGAGUACGAGCUGGGUCUCACGACACACAAGGACGACUAUACUCUCAACUCUGGGGACGACGAUGUCAACCCGCCUCCAGAAAUGCCAAGCGACAUGGACGCGUACUCGACUAUUCUAUACAUCCGCUCGUUGGCGUUGCUCGAGCGUGCAAGCAAGCUCAUGUACCUUCCCGUCGAGAGGGACUCGCCCGUAUACGACCAUCUCACACCGUCCUCCAUUGCGUCCGACAUGUCGGGCACUGGAAGCGCGACAUUCGAGCCGCGCCACGAGAUACCCGAGAUGACCUCUGUCUCCCCUUCGUCCGAUAUUGAUGACUACCUGAACUACCAAAACUACGCCGCGGAGAACAUGCCGAUGCGGCAAAUGGCGGCAGCUGCAGCUGCCAAGAGUAGAAUGCGAUGCGCGCGUCUUCGCACGCCCAAGGCUUAUGGAAAAGUGCACGCAGCGCUGCUGCGCCUCGAGGCAGACCUCCCGCCUGACCACCGCACGCCGUGGGGCAAAUGGGACGGACGCUUGGGGGCGUGGCUGUACAACAACCCCUCAAGGGAGUGGUCGACUGUGACUUUCCUGCGCGGUUGUGCGUGGAUGUUCCUUUUCGACGUGUACUCGUACCAAGCCGAGAACCCGGCGGCUGUGGCGGUGGCGAGGCGACUUGCACACACUAUCAAGGCCCUAUUCCCACAGGGAUUAGCGUCGGACUUUGACGUGUUCAUAUCUAUUGUGUGGUUCUUUAUUAGUAACAUUCUCAUCCGCGAGACUAAACGCCUUCAGGCGAUCGGUGAUUCAGCAGGGGCAGCCGACAUCGAGGCCGACUUCAACAUUGUCCUUGAGGCGCUCAAGGUGUAUGGAAAGCGACAUGACAUUGCCAGGAUUCAAGUCAGACGAGCCGAGGGCAUGCGUCAGGCGACGCUCGACGAGAUGGAAUUCAUGAAGGGCGACGGGUACGACAACGAUCACCGUGGAAGAGUCGUGGUCGAUGCCACCACCCCGUCCCUCAUUUCACGACGUGCCAGCACCGCGGCCGCCACCCUUUCCCGGACGCCCGACCUUCCUCCGCCCUCUGUCCCGCUCUGGCGCCUCGCCGAGCAAUCGCCUUCCAUGACCGUCCCCAUUCCCUCCCUCGACUUUCCGCCUCCGCCGCCUAUCCCCACUGCGACCGGAAAGGUCGACAUCAAGCUUCCCCCGACUGAGGACCGCGAGCAUCGCUACUUGACGCUUCCCAAUGGUCUCGAGGUCAUUAUCGUGUCCGACCCAAAGUCUGACAAGGCUGCCGCUUCGAUGGACGUUGGCGUCGGGCACCUGUCCGAUCCUGUCGACCUCGCGGGCUGCGCCCACUUCUGCGAGCACCUGAUGUUCAUGGGAACCAAGACUUUCCCUUCCGAGAAUGAAUACUCGUCGUAUCUCUCGGCCCACAACGGCCAGAGCAACGCCUGGACUGCCAUGUGCAACACCAAUUACUACUUUGACGUUGCGCCCGACGCGCUUGAAGGCGCGCUUGACCGCUUCUCGGGCUUCUUCACCGAGCCCCUCUUCUCCGAGGACUGCACAGAGCGCGAGAUCAAGGCUGUCAACUCGGAGCACCAGAAGAACAUCCAGCACGACCGAUGGCGUGCCUUCCAGCUCGAAAAGUCGCUGUCCAAGCCCGGGCACGUCUACGGCAAGUUUGGCACUGGCAACCUCAAGACGCUGUGGGAGGAGCCCCGCGCUGACGGCCGCGACCCGCGCCAGCAGCUCAUCGAGUGGUGGAAGAAGGAGUACUGCGCGCGACGCAUGAAGCUCGCCGUCGCGGGCCGCGAGGACCUUGACACUCUGGAGCGCAUGGUCCGCGAGCGCUUUGACCGCGUCCCCGUCCGCACCGAGGGCGCUCCGGCUACCGGCCCUGACGGCGUUCGCGUGACUUUCGAGGAUCACCCGUACGGUCCAGAGGAGCGUGGUCUUGUCACUUUUGCCAAGUCUGUGCGCGACGUCCGUGGGCUGGAGAUUGUUGUUCCUGUCCCCGACCUUCACCACUUGUCCCACAUUAAGCCGUUCAACUUCAUGGGCCACUUUAUCGGCCACGAGGGCCGUGGGUCUCUUCUCUCCUACCUCAAGCAGCAGGGCUGGUGCAACCAGCUCUCGGCUGGGGCCUCGCACGAUGGCAACGGCUUCGGUUUCUUCAAGGUCACCAUGCAGCUGACCCCUCAGGGCCUGGAGGCCUGGCGCGAUGUCGUCCUCGCCGUCUUCAAGUACUUUGACCUCCUGCGUGCUUCGCCUCCCUCGGAGACGGCAUUCAAGGAGAUCAGCCAGCUUGCCAACAUCUCGUUCAAGUACGCUGACCGUGGCGAGACCCGCGACUAUGUCACCCUGCUGGCCGGCUGGAUGCAGCAGCCCGUCGAACGCGACCAGAUUGUUAGCUCCAACUGGCUGCUCGGCGAGUGGGACGCCGAAUUAAUGACCGAGGCGUUCCAGUUGCUUGACCCCCGCCAAUGUACAGUCAGCAUCCUCAGCAAGGAGCUGCCCAAGGACGUGCCGGCCACCUACGACUUGAAGGAGGCCGUUUACGGCACUGAGUACCACCGCGAGCGCUUAACCGAAGCGUUCCUCGCUGAGGCAACCACUGGCGAGCCCAUUCCCGCUCUCCACCUCCCGGACCCUAACCGCUUCAUUCCUGAGGACCUCAGCGUCGAGAAGCGCAACGUGGAGAAGCCUACCAUUCGGCCCGAGCUCCUCCGCGACAACGAACUCUCGCGUCUCUGGCACAAGCACGACGACCGCUUCUGGCUGCCGAAGACCAACGUCCACUUGGAACUUCGCAGCCCUCUGAUGGAGGCCACGCCUCGUACAGCGGUCCUCACCCGUCUCCUCUGCGACGCGUUCACAGACUCGAUCACCGAGGACAUCUACGACGCCGAGCUCGCCGAGCUGUCGUUCCACCUGUGGUACUCGGGCGACUCGAUGGGUGUCCUCAUUGGCGGCUUCAGCGACAAGCUCCCCUUGCUCACUGAGACCAUGUUGACCAAGCUCAUGAACUUCACGGUCGACCCUAACCGCUUUGACAAGCUCGUCUACCAGGCCAAGAUGCAGUGGUCCAACUUCCCUCUCGCCGAGCCCUACCAGGUCGCGCACUACUGGUCGACCUACGUGACGGCGCAGCGCGUGUGGUCUCCCGAAGAGAAGCUCAAGGAGCUCGAUCACAUUUCGGCUGACGACGUCCAGGCGUUCAGCCGCGAGGUCUUCCAGAGAUUGUACCUCGAGACGCUCGUGCAUGGCAACCUCUCUGCGGAGAAUGCCAAGAGUUUGCAGGACACUCUGGAGCGUAUCAUCUCUGCUCGCGCUCUCGCACCCGCCGAGCACAACGACCGUCGUACCCUGCUUCUCCCGGAGAAAUCGCUGAGUGUGUGGGAGCUGCCGGUUAAGAACCCUGCCGAACCCAACAACUGCGUCGUGUACUGUCUGUACACUGGCGAGGUUACUAACCCGGUCGCGCGUGCGCGCCUCAUGCUGCUAGGUCAGAUUGUCCAGGAGCCCGCGUUCAACCAACUCCGCACCAAGGAGCAGCUUGGUUACAUCACCAUGGCGCAGGCGACUAGCACCGGAUUGCGGGUAAUCGUCCAGUCGGAGCGCGACCCGGUCUAUGUCGAGACGCGCAUCGAGUCGUUCCUCACGUCCAUCAAGGACACCAUCACGAACAUGAGCGACGAAGAGUUUGACCGCCACCGCCAGGCGCUCAUCCACAAGAAGGAGGAGCAGCCCAAGAAUCUGGGCGAGGAGAGCCGGAGGUUCUGGUCGCGCAUCACCGACAAGUACUACGAGUUUGGCAAGAGGGCCACGGACAUUGCUCAGCUACGCAAGACGACCAAGCAGGACGUGCUCGACAUGUACCUGUCGGCAAUCGACCCAUCUUCGUCUACCCGCAGCAAGCUGUCGGUGCACCUCCGCAGCCAGGUCAAGCCUGGUUCGAAGGCCACCCUCGAUCCCGCUGCCGCGCAGGCUCUCCUCGCCGCGUUUGGCAAGCACGGAGUGACUGUCGACCAGGCAGCGGUUGGCGCCCUCCUGGCGACCAAGCCUGCGCCCGAGGAGCUGCAGACCUUUGCGAACAAGGCUGUAGAGGCUGCCAACGUGUCGGAGGAGGCCAAGACUGAGCUCGACGGCCUGAUUGUCGCGCUCGCUGCCCAGCCCAACGGCACCGGUAGUGUCAGCGGUACCGAGGAGGCUGAGCCCCAGCUCUCGGCAGGGAACGUCUACAUCAGCGACGUGCACCAAUUCAAGGCGCUCAUGACGCCCAACAAGGCUGCUGUGCCGCUCGAGCCGCUCGCCGUGUCCAAGCUCUAG